AUGGCUUGGAAACAAGAUGAAGGCCAAGGGCUUACAGAAGCUUCGGUGGUACUGCCAGAUGUGUCAGAAGCAGUGCCGCGACGAGAACGGCUUCAAGUGCCACCGCAUGUCCGACGGGCAUCAGCGGCAGAUGCAGGUUUUUGUGCAGGAUCCCAACAAGUUCAUGGACGAGUUCUCCCAGGAGAGUUCGAGUCGGGCUUCAUGAAGCUCAUGAGCCACACCUACCGCUCGCAGCGGAUUCUCGCGAACACGGUGUACUGCGACUUCAUCUCCAAUCGCCAUCACACCCACAUGAACUCCACAAUCUGGGUGACCCUCAGCAACUUUGUGCAGUACUUAGGUCGCACAAACCAGUGCACGAUUGACAAGACGCCCAAAGGCUGGUACAUCCAGUACGUGGACAACACCCCCGAGGCAAGGAUGCGGGAGGAGGCGCGGAAAAACAUGGAGAGGGCCGAGCUGGCAGAGGAGGAGGUCAGCGCCAAGAGGCUGCGGGACCAGGUGGAGAACGCGAAGGCUGAUGGGGGGUUCCGGGAGUCCGAGUUCACGGAGAUGCAGCGCGAGGAACCGAGCGACGCGCCCAUCUCCUUCGGCAUGUCCGCCUCUUCCAGCUCGGCCGCGGCGGCGCCCAGCGCGCCGCCCGCCAGAAAAAAAGGGGUCGCCGAGCUCUUCGGGGACGAGACGACGAGUCCGAGGAGAAACCCUCCAAGGACGGGCAGAAGCGCAAGCAGGCGCCGAAGAUAUCGGCCGUGGAGGCCGUCAGGCUUGAGCACGAGGCCUCGAAGAGGGGCGACGGCGCCAAGAGGCAGCGGGACUGUGCUGUCGCCAGGGGCUGCAGCGCCCUACGGCGGCGAGCUCUUGGUCGCCAUCGUUCCUUGGCGCAGCUUCCACGCGUUCGGCGUGCUGCGUAAGCUCGGCUUGCGGCGCGUCUCUUCGCGACGCUUCGAUCGACUCACGGACAGUCUCGAGGCCAGCUCGCCCGUUCACGGUGCCACCACAAGGAGACCACCGUCCCCGGGGUCGACGUCGCCGUCGCCGGAGGGCGGGCAGCCCUGGCUGGCCGCGGGCCUGAUUGUCAAGGUCAUGCACGAGGACCUUGCCAACGGGAAGUAUUACAGGAGAAAGGGCCAGAUUGAGAAGGUGCACGACCAGUUCACCGCCGACGUCAGGAUGUCGGACAGCAAGGACCUUGUCCGCCUGGACCAGGAGCUGCUCGAGACCGUCAUACCCAAUGUCGGCAAGGCCGUGCGGCUGGUGAAGGGUUCGCACAAAGGUGCCCACGCCGUGAUGCGCCACGUGGACAUCGAGGCAUUCUCUGUCUCCGUGGAGCUGGAGGACGGCACCCGCAUGGAGGGCCUCGGGUACGACGAGGUGUGCAAGGACAUCCGGAGCGCCCGCAAAUCCUUCGACGAGCUGAGCAGCUCAACUGGCCAGAUGCCCAAGGAGUCAGUGAAGGAUGCCCUUGCCAAGCAGCAGCUCUUCCCGCAGGAGAGCGUGCUCGCCGAGCUGCUGCAAGACAUGCAAGCAGAAGUGUGCUUCACUUCGUUCAUGCACAUCUACGACCGAUGCCGCUUCCGCCUGAACCUCGAGUUCCGUAAGCGUGGUGGUUUUACAGAAGAGACCGUGGCGGAGAUCGAGAGCCUUUGGAACAGCGGCGGCGGCGGUGAAUCCUCGAAAAAGUUCGCCACCAUCAACCAGCUCAUCUGGAUGUUCACCGACUCGCAAGAGGUCCCCGUGUGCACCAAGGACGGCCGGCAGCGCUUCGUCCAGCGCGUGCAGGCCGCGCAGGAGGCCGCCGUCGAGGCCGGGGUCCCGGAGGAGGAGGCGUUUACGCACGUGCCGGAUGGGUCUCCGAAGGCAUCCUCGCCGAAGCACGGCGAGGCGUCGCACGGAGACGUGACCGCCAUCGGUUUCUUCACGUUCGUGCACCUGAUCCGCGGCUUCGUGCGAGACUCGGAGCAGGAUCUGAAGUCAUUGACCGCGAGAAGGAAGCAGUGUCCUUCGCCAGCUUCUCGACCAGCGAGACCAACGAGUUCCGCCGCGUGUUCUCCGACCUCGCCUCCGCCGAGGCAAACCAGGCAUCGAUCGGCAAGCAGCUGGGCAGCAAGGGGCAGCGCGUGGACAAGCUCCUGGCGCGUCUCACCAUGGUGCCCGCCAUGCCCGUUUCGGCCAUUGCAGUCCUGCUGA